AUGGGGCCGUCAGAUGAAGACAUUGCCUUCCGCUCCAACAUACCUGUGCCACUGGAUAUAACCGUGGCUGUGGUCUACUCUGUUUUUGGAGUGUGUUCACUGUUUGGCAACACCACACUGCUGUACGUCUCCUACAAGAAAAAGCACAUCCUGAAACCAGCCGAGUACUUCAUCAUCAACCUAGCCAUUAGUGACUUGGGCCUCACUCUGUCCCUCUACCCCAUGGCCAUCACUUCAAGCUUCUAUCACAGGUGGCUAUAUGGGAAAACAAUGUGCUCCGUAUAUGCUUUUUGCGGCAUAUUGUUUGGCCUCUGCAGUCUAACCACUCUGACCCUGCUAAGCAUUGUGUGCUUUGUGAAAGUAUGUUACCCAUUCUAUGGGAACAGGUUUAACUCUGUUCAUGGCUGGCUGCUCAUAGCCUGUGCUUGGCUCUACGCGCUGUUGUUUGCCUGCUCCCCGCUGGCCCACUGGGGGAAAUACGGACCAGAACCUUAUGGCACUGCCUGUUGCAUUGACUGGCGCCUGUCCAAUCAGCACUCUACGGCACGAUCCUAUACUGUGGUCCUGUUCAUCUUGUGCUACAUCCUUCCAUGCUGUGCUAUUGUUGCAUCGUACACAAGCAUUCUGGUCACAGUCCACGCAUCCCGCAAGAAUUUGGAGCAGCAUGUGUCGAGGCUGACCCACAUGAGCAGUAUCCAGACGAUUAUUGUUAAGCUAAGUGUUGCUGUCUGCAUCAGUUUCUUUGCGGCAUGGAGUCCGUAUGCCGUGGUAUCCAUGUGGGCUGCCUUUGGACACAUUGAGAACAUCCCUCCUCUGGCAUUUGCCUUGCCAGCCAUGUUUGCCAAGUCCUCUACCAUCUACAACCCGAUCAUCUACCUAAUGCUGAGGCCGAAUGUCCGCAGGAUGAUGUACAGGGACCUGGGUACUCUAUGCAACGCAUGUCUGAAGGACUGCUUCUGCCACCAUUGGCCAGCAAAGUGCUGUUCCAAGCCAGAGAUCACUGUCAGAAUUCCCUCAAUCCACAGACAGGCAAACCAGUUCCCUUCAUCCAACUCCUCUGCUCAACCUCCUAUUGCAGCAUUAAAGGAUCACAGGUGUGAGAAGUGUAAGGGAGCUUUCGAAUGCUUCAGACACUACCCUCAGAUGUGCAACAUCGCUAACUUUGCUGCCAAUGGGAACGCAUCUAUGGAUCAAGACAAUCAAGUUUCCCAAACACAUAAGAAGAAGACUCAAAGUGCAUGCCACAAGAGGUCUCUGCUGGCCAUCAUGUGUGCAAAAAGGAUUUCAGAAAAAGACAAUUUCCAAAUUAAUUUAGAGAUGGUUCCGAGGCAAGCAAAAGUAGCCUGGCCCUGA